CUAACUUAAUAGAAACUCAUUUAACGUUAGUGGUUAUGUAUAAUGGCCAGUUCCUAUCGAACUACACUCGUACGCUGCGACAGCGGUAGAGAGACAAUAAAAUAUGAUAGAACCCCCGAGCCGUACAAGUGCGCUGUGUUGGGCGACAGUCAUCGAUACAUCUUAUAAAAAUACAUCUGCCAUGAAGCGCACGCUCUCCAAUGUAUCCUUCGGCUUGCCCGAGGCAUCAGAGCACGGUGCGAAGAAAGGCAGACAUGUAUCCAGCGAUUGGCGCUCGAGGCGAGCAGUCACCCCACGGCCGGAAGCGACUUCCAACUCUCCCGCACUUACGUUAGAGCUUACGAAUUGCAUGAAUUGCUCCCGAGUCUCUCAUGGCGUAAUGGUAGCAGAUGGUGCGAUGAGCAGCGUACUAUAAGUUGAGUGAUGUUCCUGUAGCUGUAGCUGGCUUUUCGCUUCGAGCUAGGAAAGAGCGAUCAGCUGCCACCACUCCAAACCUUUACGAGAUCGUCUAGUAUUGAUCUUGAGGGAAACUUGCUGAUGUGCAACAAUUUGUCUAAUACUUCUAGAAUCUCAACUUGCUUAUCCUGACUGUCCGCACACAGGGCAGC